CCAGGGCACAGCGAGGCGUGGGUUCGAGGCUCUUAUCAAUCUCAGUUCAGUGAACCCCAAAGGUUGCCUAAAAUGUAUAACACGUCUAACAUCAAACUUCACCUCAAUGGAAAACUUCUGCCCAGUCUGACUGUAGUCUAUGAGAUGAACGACUACAAGGGAGAGAAUCAGAUCUGCUGUCUUGACUCCCCGUCCCCGUGUGUUGUAGAACUGGUGACCCAACACGGCGAUGUGUCGACUGGGGACACGUGUGUUUCCUUCAACGUCACGCAGACAAGAUAUACGGAGGAUAUCAGGCUAACUAUAAAAUAUAACGUCUGUAAUGUUAGAGAAGGGGAACUCACGUUACAGUUCAGAAGUCAUGCUAUCACGGAAAGCCCAGAGAUAAUCCUCAACAGUUACGAGCCAGAAGACGCUCAGCCCGUUUGUAAAGAAGGGUUAAGACACGAUGUAGACAAGUUGGUGUUCAAAGCCAGGGCGUAUCUGACCCACAAAUCUUGGAGGGUCAAAUUUAUUGUAAAGAGAAAUGGGGAGAAGCUAUUUUUAGAUUUUUGCAAUGUAAGUCUGUCAAACGACAAUGACCACUCCACAAAAGACAGAUGUUACCAUGCCGACACGGACAGCAAUGGCACGCAUCAUAUUGUGGUCAACCUUACCGCAGACAUCCAAUACAGCGAGGCACAGAUCCAGGGUGUACUGGUCGGCGGUACAUCGUCAAUUUUCAGUCAAGUUCAGACUUUCCCUAAAAUUUUCGACACAUCCAGUAUAAAUUACACCAUCAAUGGAAGGCCUGUUUCAACACUACAAGACGAUCUCGAACUGACCACACCACUGGACGAUCUGAGAGUCUGUUGUGGGGUUACCCCACUCCCGUGCAGGGCUAGGAUAAAUUACGGGCAGCUCGAAAUGGCCCAUACACCCUGUGUCAACACUACCCUUGGGGCCAUCAGUAACCAUGACAACGUUACCCUAGAGUUAGGCUUUGAUGUGUGUGGGGUCAGUGAAAAAAACCUGCGUGUCAACAUACAAAAGUGGAGAGAUACAAGCACAGAGGGAAACAAUGCAAGAAGUUUUAACUACACGGAAGACACAAACUACACAGUGAGCUACGAAGAAACUUUGACAAAUACUCCACAGAAAACAUCUUUUACGUUGGCGACAUUUCAUUUGAUCAUAGCCGCCACCGCGCUACUAGUACCCAUCUCCGUGGUUAGUUUGUUGGUCUACUGUGUUCAGGUUAAACAAACCUGUCGAAAAAUUAGUGCAAACGGCUCUAGGUACUCCGUCUUGUUUCUCCCUUCAUCACGUCCCGUCAGACAAGAACGCGAGAGUCUACACAUCUACGAGUCUAUUGACGACACACCGCCACGACACACUACACAGGUUCAACAUGUGUCUAUGAGGAAGCGAAUGGCCAAAGACGACAGCUACAGGAACUUAGGCACUGAUUACUUCGACAGCGAGGAGUGUCUGUACGACCGACAGAGGAGGCUGCCUCCCAUGACGGUGCUACACAAGAGGAUGAGUAGAUCGAUGGAUGAUGUUGGGUACCUGGCCCCGAUUGAUUUUCAUCAUAGUUAUUCCAGGUCUCUGCCUAGAAUUCCUAAGUAGUAUGGAACUAUGAGAACACAGGGGACAGACAACUGUGUGGAACAAGUUUUUAAAAGGCUUUUAUUUAACUUGCGGCCUCAUGCUUUUUGUCUGUAGUCCGUCAUGGCUCAACAAAGUAGAGCGAAAUUUAGACUAUUUCUUCCGGACCGAAUAUCUUUAAACUUGGCAAGUGGGUCAAAUUUGGAAGACAAUACAAUGUGACAUAAAAUUUGGCUUAAUUUUAAGUGUAAUUAACUUUUAAAGAAUCAAUUAAUAUGAAGGACUCAUUUUCGGGCUAAUAUGAGCACAUUGUUUGUGUUCAUUCGUUGAGCAAUUGUUUUUAGUCCUGCAAUUCUACUGUAUUAAAAAAAUUGGGUGUGCCUAUAAUGUGUAUUAACUACCUUUCUUAAAAUUGAUUUAUGAAGCGAUCAACGCUACUCUUUUUUUGUUAUUUAAAUAUUGGUUCAUUGAUACAUAUUUAAAGACAGUCAGUUAUUUUCUAAAAUUUAAUGCACUAUUGUUUUUUUUUUAUUUAUUUUUAGUGACUAUCUACUUUCAGUACGAAACAUGGAAUUAUGAUAAACAUAUGUAUAACAUAUAUAUAACUUUAUAUCCAGUUAUUUUCGUUGCUUUCUACGUAAUAUGGAAAUGUGAUAUACAUAACUAUAACGUUAUACUUAGAAUUUUCCCUCGCUUACUAAGUCAAGUGGAACCAUACGUUCAAUAACGUUAGUAGCGACAGGUUAUGAUUUCCUUCCUUCUCUCACUACUAGUGUUGAAUAUAGCAGGUUCACACCGCAACAUUGACCAUCAUGCUGAGUCGUCGUCGGCGUUGUAGUUUUCUAGAGAGAUGGUGUUGCUAGGUGAUAUGGUUAUGGUCAACUGGUAGUUUUUUAUAGAGAUGGUGUACCCGGAGAUAGAGAUAAAGUUAUGAUCAAGUUGUUGAUUUU